GUGACAUCGAACCACAACGCAAGACGUCCUCGCCGCAGAGCCAAAGACGACGACGCCCCAAGAGGCCGAGAACCUCUCCGUGCACAGGCAAUUUCACGCCAGUCAUUAGACGGACAAUUGCAAAGAUGUCUAUGUUCAGGGCAAAGAAGCUCGACCUCGGGUGCUUCACCAACAUCAGGGUCAUCCGCGACCACUCGAAGCGAAAGGCCUUCGAGGCCGCCGAAGCGGAGAGGCAAGCCCUCCGCUACAUUGUCCGCAACACGACCCUUCCCGCUCGCACCCGCGCGACCGCGCAGCUGCAGCUGACGCAGAUGCACUGCUACACGCGCCCGACCCAGAUCCGGAACCGGUGUAUCCUCGGCGGAAAGGGGAGGGGUAUUUUCAGAGAUUUCAAGAUGUCAAGAUACAACUUCCGGUUACAGGCGCUCGCUGGCAACUUGCCGGGCGUCAAGAAGGCCAGCUGGUAAGGGGGGCAGCGCCGUGCGGCAUCAGAGCCAGCAUCGGAGUCACGGGAAACGAGUCGCUCGGCCGAAUCGAAGAUAUCAGGUUCGGAUCAGCGGUGUGAGGCACGCAUCGAGGUCC